UCUCCCGUCUCAUCCCUGCCCUCUGCCGUCAGUCAGUCGGCGGACUUCGAGGCGACAAGACGCACACCGCUCUCCCGAGACAACCCGAGACGAGCCGAGCCGGCCCCGCGCCCACACGCACCCGAGCGACACGAGCGGCGCGGCGGGACAAGUCGAGACCGAAAGUCGAGUGUGUUACCUCUCAUCUCAUCGUUAUCAUCUGCUCCGACAUCGCGACACCAGCCUGCUUCACGUUGGAUAGUGAUUACCUCCUUCGGACCUGCGCCCGGACUAUGAACAAAUAGAUAUAUAUCUCUGUCAGAGGUUACUAAACGUCACAUCGCCAUGGAGGUGUACCAGCCGCUGGACUUCUCCUCCAACUCUGGCCCCCUGGGCGCGAUGCUGCUCAGCCCCACCAGCCCGAGCGGGCUCCAGGGCGGUCUCCAGGACGGCCUCCAGGGCUCGCUCAGCCCCGUCCUGGACCUGUCCGUCCACCGCAGCAGCCCACUCACGAGCCCCUGCAGCCCGCGGAGCCCUCGCAGCCCAGCCAGUCCGCUGUACCACCCGUACCACCAUCCCAGCCACCACCACCAGCAACAGCAGCACAACAAUAACAACAACAUCAAGAGCGUCAACCACAACGACGUCAACUCGCCGUACAUGUACCACUCUAGUAAAACGGGUGUGGACGGUUUCGGUCGCUCCAGCCUGCCCAGCCCGCCAGCCUACCCCCAUGCUGAACUCCCCGAAGCCGGCCAAGUGACGACGGUGCCCCUCCCGGCGCUCUCCGUGCUGCAGCAGCGCCUGCUACCCAGGUCCGCGACGUCGGCCUUCGCGCCCACGCAACCCUCCAUGCCCACGCAGGCCGCCAUGCCCACCGUCCCCGCCCCCCGCACGAGGAGGACGUCCUCCGGCCUGCCCGACUCCCCGCUCGGCUCCACCGACGACCGCAGCUCCUCAGCGGCGUCCCUGUCGCCGUCCCCUCCCGGCGUGGACCUCCUCGGCCCGCUGGGCCCGCUCGCAACCCUGGGCCCCCAGUACCCCACCGUGCUCGCCGAGCUCAGCGCGGCGAGUAGCAUGCAGGCCGCCAUGCCGCCGGUCGUGUCCGGGGCCACCGCUGCCGCCCGCAACGGCAAGCCCACCCGCCCGUUCAAGGCGUACCCCAAGGAUCCCCUGAGCCUGGCCGUGGGCGUGCAGGUCGGCGGCUCGCUGGGCUCCACCGAGGCGGCGCUCGGCCGCGCCUCCAACGAGGCGUACGCCGAGUUCAGGCGGCGGAUGCUCGCCCAGGUGCAGGCCGCCAUCCCCAGCAAGGCGAAGAAGGGAGACAAGCCGGACCAGCCGUCGCGCGCGCCCAGCCCCACGCAGCAGAUGCAGCCCGCCGACUCGCUGACGUCGCCACACGAGGCCGCGCACGGCAGCGACACCGCCGAGAGCGCCUCCUCACCCGAGUCGCUGCUGCCGACCACCCUGAACACGCAGGCCACGUCGCCGUCGGCCCAGGACAAGGACGGCAAGGACGCGGCGUACUGGGAACGCCGGCGGAAGAACAACGAGGCCGCCAAGCGGUCCCGGGACGCGCGCCGGGCCAAGGAGGACGAGAUCGCCAUCCGGGCCGCCUUCCUGGAGCAGGAGAACCUCAACCUCAAGUACGAGGUGGCCGCCCUUCGCAACGAGACGGCCAAGCUGCGCGUCCUUUUGUACUCGGGCGGAACGGACUGCUGAGCGGAGUAGGGUUGGAGAAAUCGGUAAAAUUGUGAUUUUAGAGUAAGUUGGUUUGACGCGUUCAGUGAGGCUGGGAGUUUUUAGCGUGGACCGUCGUCAUAACCCUGGUCGAAGUCGAAGACAUCGUCGCACGGUCGCGCCGAACUGAGCCUGUUAGGUCAUAAUUCGUUCGUCUCAGUGGGACCCUGGAGAACUAGCCAACCAUUAGUUUGUCAUAAGGAUGCAUUCACACUAGUCCAAAAUAGUUCUCGCAGGGCCGUGGGAUCGAGGUACUUAACAAAUUAGCGUUAGUUAGAUGAAAGUAUAUAUUGGCUCGCCCGUGUCAGGUCGGCCUACCUUAGGUUUAUAUGCACCCUGCCCGGUCCGACUCGCCUAGCCGAGGUCGGGCCCAGCACAGAGGGACACAACCCCAGUUAAAACUUAGAUUUAAGACAAUUAGAUGCGCCUCAAGCGGCACGCUGUCUACUUAACUCCACUAAACUGUGACUCAGGACUGAAUCCGGAAUGCGCGCGCAUCUCGAGGAGAAAGGCGGACAUCUCGAUUCGGUCCUUUAAAUUGUAUGUGUUUGUAAUUUUAAUUUAUUCUAUUGACUCGGCACAGUCAGACGACUCGGCCUGGAGUAGACCCCUGUAAAUCGUCCAGCAGAGUAAAUAUCGCAUGGCGAGUGCGCAUCAAGCUGCGCACGGCUCGAAAACAACAUGUACAAAAUAGAAAUUAAGCUUAAUUAUAAGCGUCUUUUUAAACCAAA